AUGGAUGACACACUCGGUGGCAGGUGGAAACCACACAUCUGCAACAAAAGCUUUUCAGGGAGGAAGAAAAGAGCGCCGGAAAAUACCGAUCUGAACACCUCAACGACUGAAACUCAAGACCAGGAACCUCAAAACACGAGAGCUUCAGGCUGGGGGACAAACACGGACCAUCUCCCCGGUGGGGUUACACCCCGACGCCGACAUAUAGACGAUGACAGGAUUAAUAUCUCUGCGCCGCGAUUGGCCGGUGAAGAAAACUCCCUGAAGAGGAAGAAUCAGGAUUCAAUCUGCAGACCAGACAGGAUUGAAAUCCACAGAGAGACGUCCAAUCACACUCAGAGAAAUCAGAUCCACGGUGUCAACGCGUCACUGUGGGACACCAUCAGAACCAGAGGACCGGGGACGAAAACCUGA